AUGUCCAACACCGUUAGCCCCGUGGAGCAGGGGAGAGAGACCUCUCUCCCGUCGCGCUCUGCGACCGUUCACAGCACUAUGACCCGCCAAACCACAGCCAGCGAUGACGAUCUUAUUCCCGACCAAGACAGCAAUGAGACCACUAGCGUGUUGCUGGAGCGUUUGCAAGCAUGGAAGCACAUGUGUGGAAAUCUCGAGGAAUAUGUCUCGGCUACUGCCAAAAUGGCCAAGUCACAGUCCAAGGACUACGAGAAGGUCCUGAAGGCAGUCAACGAGCCCCUGCGCGAAGGCGAUCAUUUUAGCACCGGUGAGGGUGGCAUUAACACCUUGUUCGAGACUAUCCGCAACCAGUCCCAGACCACGAUCAACUCCUAUCUUGAGACCGAUAAAAAUCUGCGGGGCACCGUUCUGCCCGUGCUCGAGCGCCUGCACAAGGAAAUUAAGAACAAGUCCAAGGAGCUCAAGUCCGGUACGUCUACCGGCAGCAAGGCUGUCGAAAAGGCUCGCCAGGCGACUCAGAAGCACAUCGAGCUGCUGGGACAGCACGCUGCUGCCCUGGAUGCCGGUGGCAACAGCAAGACCGACACGCAGCAUGAUCCUUACGUUCUCCGACGUGGAAUCAACCACCGCCUGCACAAGCAGGUCGCCGAGGAGAACAACCACCGCAACGAUAUUAUCUCCAUUCAGAACUCGUUUGCACGAUUUGAGACCCAUGUGCUUCAAACCAUUCAAAGUGCUCUCGACCACUUCUUCCAGAUCAUGGGUGGUCAACUCGACCGCCAGCGUUCUUCCUACGCGGACAUCCUGGGCGCCGCCCAGCGCAUUCCUCCCGAGUUCGAGUGGGUCAACUUCUGCAUGAACAACGAGUCCAAGCUCGUCAAUGCCGAGAGUCCUCUGCGUACUGCCGAAAGUAUCCAAUACCCCAACAUGGACCACCGCACCACGCAGCCUCUGAUCGAGGGUUCCCUGGAGCGACGCUCGCGCGCCAUGCUCAAGGGCUACAACACCGGGUACUACGUUGUGACUCCCGCCGGCUUCUUGCACGAGUUCAAGGACAAUGAUGACGUGCGCAAGGAGCCUUCUCCGGAGCUGUCACUCUAUCUUCCCGACUGUGUUGUGGGCGCUGUCGACGGAGUCAAGUUCAACGUCAAGGUUUCGUCUGAUGCUGAGAAGUGGUGGACCGUGUUGAGCGACUGCGCCAAGCGUUCACCUGGCCAGGCUCACGCCGCUCCUGUUGCCGCCGCCGCUGCUGCUCCUGCGGCAGCACCUGCCACUGCAGCAAUUACUACUGAGACUCCCGCUGCUACCACCCCUGCUGCCGCUGCUGCUACUACUCCUGUUGCUGCUGCUGCCACUCCUGUUACAGAAACUACUCACGCCCGCCCUGGCGAGACCGCUAUCCAGUCCACGCCCGGAGCGUCAGAAAGUCAGCCUCCUGUCUACAGCGAGAAGGGUUCGGCCCCUGCAGCUGAAGCGGCUGUUCCUGGUGCCCCUCCUGCCAACUUGAACCGCUCCGCCAGUUCGGGCAGCCACUUCCACGGCGGCCCCGGUGGUAGCGCUGUGUAA